GACCUUUCCUAUAUAAGUCAUAGAAAGGGUUUUGGGCCUGGGAUUGUCGUUGACAUCGACUCGUCGAAAUCGCCUGUCAGAAAUUCCUUGAUUGCAAAUUCAAUUGAGAUCGGAGAAAUUUUGGCGUCUUGAUUGAGUGGGAGAAGAUGAUCGAGGUGGUGUUGAAUGAUCGAUUGGGGAAGAAGGUGAGAGUGAAGUGCAACGAAGAUGACACGAUCGGUGAUCUCAAGAAGCUGGUAGCCGCACAGACGGGGACGCGGGCUGACAAGAUCCGCAUACAGAAGUGGUACAACAUCUAUAAGGAUCAUAUUACCCUCAAGGAUUACGAGAUCCACGACGGGAUGGGCUUAGAGCUAUACUACAAUUAGCACCAGGCAUGCCGAUUGAAGAAGACGACGCUUCAGCUGAUAAAAGCAGCAGGUUAGUAGUUUGUGUUAAGUACACUAGUACAGUAGUAUUGCUAUGCUGGCAUUACGCACCAGUAAUGAAUGUUUAGCAAACAUUACCAAUCUGAUUAUGCUGCUGUAAUAUAUAUUCAUAUUGUCACAUCAUUAUCACACUGUCUGCUCAUUGUUUAGGAGAAAAGAUAGCUGCCUUGUAUUAUUUUCCUUUACGGGCUGUCUAUUACUAAAAACUUUAAAUCACCUUUCACCAUUUAAA